UUUGUUUUGAAAGGAGAAGCGGAACGGCAGCAGUGAAGUUCGGAGAAAGUGAAUAAAAGCAGAGCAGACAUGAUUAAAUACUGAUUUAGGGAAGCAGCGGCUCUGUGGACGGAGGGUUGUUGGGGGUUUAAGAGGAGAAAUGUGUCUAAAAUGCUGUGUUUCCAGUUAAACUCUCUCGUUUCCCUCCUGAUGGUGGUGAAUCUGCGCUCAGUCUGCGGCUCCUCAGUGCAGGUCUCAGUUAGAGCGGAUAAACCAGUCAGAAACCUCACCCACUUCUGGAGGAGCACUGGAUUCUGCCCCCCUCAGCCCCAUGAAGACUCGCCCCACUAUGACCUCAGUAAGGACCAGCAGCUGAAUCUGGCCCUGAUCGGCUCCACCCCUCACUCUGGACUGCAGCAGGUGCGGAUACACUGGAUGCUGGAGCUCAUAUCAGCACGGAUUGUUAAUGGAGAAUUUCACUAUAACUUCACUUACCUGGACCAGCUGAUUGACCUUCUCUACCAGAAUGGACUCAAGCCCGGUUUUGAAUUGAUGGGCAGCGUCCAGAACACCUUCAGUGACUUUGAGGAUAAAGGUCAGGUGGUGGAGUGGAGACGGCUGGUUUACCUCAUCGCUACCAGAUACACAGAGAAAUACGGCCUUGGCUUCGUCUCCCAGUGGAACUUUGAGACGUGGAAUGAGCCGAACAAUCACGACUUUGACAACAUCACCAUAACAAUCCAAGGUUUUCUGAACUACUAUGAUGCAUGUUCUGAGGGUCUGCGUGCGGUCAGUCCUUUAUUAAAGUUCGGUGGUCCGGGGGAUUCCUGCCAUGACCCCCCACACUCCCCGUACUGCUGGGCCUUACUGGAGCACUGCUCCAACGGCACCAACUACUUCACCAGAGAGAGAGGAGUCCGGCUGGACUACAUCGCCCUGCACAAGAAGGGUGGAAACAACACGUUGCCGAUCCUGCAGCAGGAGGUGGCCACAGUGCAGGAGAUCCAGCGUCGAUUUCCUCUUUUCCGCACUCUCCCCAUUUAUAACGACGAGGCUGAUCCGCUGGUGGGCUGGAACAGACCCCUAGCCUGGAGGGCCGACGUCACCUAUGCAGCCAUGGUGGUCAAGGUAAUCUCUCAGCAUCAGGACCUGCUCAUUGCCAGUAAAAACAACAGUAUUAAUUACUCGUUGCUUAGCAACGACAACGCCUUCCUUAGUUACUACCCCCACCAGUUUACUCAGCGCACCCUCACAGCCCGUUUUCAGGUCAACAACACCCGUCCACCCUACGUCCAGCUUCUACGGAAACCCGUCCUCACAGUCAUGGGCCUGCUGUCUCUGUUAGGUGAGCAGCAGGUGGAGGCCCAGGUGUCUGGAGGUUCCCAGGUGGACAGUUCAGUUGGUGUGCUGGCCAGCGUCCACCUGCCCAGGAUUCCACACACAGCAGACAGCUGGCAAAGCGCAGUGCUUCUGUACAACAGCAGAGACAACUUGACUUCCAACAGCUCUGACAUCGUCACCCUGCGCCUCACUGGAGCUCCAGCACAAACCGGUUUGAUGUAUGUAACUCACUACAUGGACAAUAAGGUGACCAACCCGUAUGAGCUGUGGAGACAGAUGGGCAGCCCAGAUUUCCCUACAGUCCAGCAGUUUACACAGCUCAGGAGCCAAGAGGACGCUGAGAGGGAGGGGCCUUUCCCGUUUCCAGCUCAGGGUGCUUUAACUCUGACAGUAAAACUGCCCAUUCCAUCCGUCCUGCUCAUCCACGUGUGUGCCCGCUCCACACUCGCACCUGACCAGGUGAACGGCCUGCGCUUCGUCUCCAUCACCACAGGCCAGGUCCUCAUCGUCUGGAGGGAUCAGUGCGUCGGCACAAAGUGUAUAAAGACGUAUGAAGUGGAGUUUUCCAAAGACGGGACGACGUUCCACAGGAUCAACUUCAGAGACACCAUUUUCACAUCGCACACUUUCUCACCAGAGAGCGGGGAGGUGUGCGGGUUCUACAGGGUGAGGGCGGUGGAUUAUUGGGACAGAGCCGGUGAAUAUUCCCUCACUGAGAAAUACACAGAGCUCUGCUGACGGACACAUCUGACCAGCACACUGGAUCAACUGAAUCAGCAUUAGUUUCAUGGAGUUAUAACUGUGAAUGGGUCUACUGCCUUAACUUAACAACUCUGUUAAGAAUUUGCAGUAUUUGUUCUUCUGUUUGUUCAUAAGGAAACAUUUUCAGGCUACUUUUCUCCGCUGGAGUAACAAUACUAGUCAACAAAUGUAUAAAGUAGCUAACGUUAGUUAACCACUAAUGUUGACUAGUUAUGUUGCUUCAUAUGAAGAAACUUGAAAUGCAUUUUGAAGAAAAUGCACCAGUUUAUAACUUCAUACGUACAGACAGGAUUAUUUGGCUUUGUAGCACCAACGUUAGCGAUCUGGCUUCCUUCUGCAUUAGCCAGCUAGAAAAAAGCAAACAAAUACAUUCCAUACUGUCCUGGUAGUUUUUCCACAUGUUCCUCCCAGCUUCAAGAUACAUCAUCAGAAGAGGGUUUUCCUAAACUCUCAACUAGAAACUCUUUACUCUCCACAUACAGCAGCGCAGCAAAGGUCUGUAAACAUGUUUUCAACAGAGGUAGUGAUGGUUACAUUUCUCACAAUGACUUAAGUGUCCUUUUAACUUAGUGUCCUGCAUUGUGGGAAACUAUCAUCUCAAAAUCAUGCUGGAAUUUAAUUUUAGUUUGAGAAAUUAAGUGAAAAAUAUGCAGAUGAUUUUUUUCCCACAGUCACUUUUUGACUGUUACCUCACAUUUCUCUGUUUUCUCUCUCCUCUUUGUGAAUCUGCCUAAAACUGCACUUUAUACCACCAAACUGCAGGCAAUAACAGUGAGGGCGUCAGUACAGCUUUAAUAAACACACAUCUGAUGAGA